GUUUUUUUAAAAAAAAACAGGCCUUUGAAUUGUAGCUCUUGCCUCUUGGAAAAGAUGGGCGAUCAAGGGGGACACCAAUUCAAUAGUAGUUCUACUUCUACAAGUAGUUCUUCUGCAUGCUCAUCCUUUGAAAACAUUAGGGGUCAUCAAUCAUCAUCAUCAUCAUCAUCAUCAUUGCAUGAUAUAUUUCAAUAUCUGUCGGAAGUUCCCCUACUAACCCAUGCAUCAGUUACCCGGCCCGAAUAUUAUCAUUCGGAUGCUCCGACAAGUGAAGGCCUGCAUGGGCCCAGUCCUUUACUUGCUCAAGAAGGUUCUCAAACUCAUGAUCAGGGACCAGAAGUCAAGAAUGUAGAUGAAGCCAAAGCGCGCACAAAAGGAAAACAGCCGGUGGAGCCUGAACGAAUUCCCAUUCCUCAUCAACAACUGCAUGAAUCAUUAAGAAAACGUUCACAGAAGCGAAGUUGUGAGAAUAGGAGGAGGAAACGCAUCAAUGCGAAGAUGAGAGAGUUACAAAUGUUACUUCCCAACUACGAAAAGAGUGACCAUGUGUCCAUACUCGACCAUGCCAUCGAGUCCAUCAAAUCCUUGAAGUCUCAAGUUGAAGUGUUGUCAAGUUCAAGCAAAGAAAGCCAGAUGCAAGUUCCAUAUGCACAACAUAUGAUAAUGCCGCCCAAUAUGUUUUAUGGAUCAGGGCCUUGGCGUUGGUGGCCUCAAAUGAAUGCUUCUGAAUAUCCAUUAACGUUUCCACCAUUUGCAUUUGAUGGUGGUAGUAUUCCAACUCAACGACCCAUCCUUCAACCCCAAUCUCAUUUUCCAUUUACACCAAACUUAUCCCCCCCACAAUUACUCCCUCCUACUACUAGUACUAGUACUACUAAUACACCUGUGGUAUUGCCUUCUGUCACUUGUGUACCACAAGUCACCUUCCCCGGAGAGCCUCACACCCAACCACCCACUUCUUGAUGAGUAUACACAUAAUAACAUCACAAUGUGGUAUUAAUAGUCAGUCUACUGUUCUCAAUCAUAUGUGAUCAUAUGUGUGUUUUAGUUAUGU